AUGGUGUAUUGCGGCAAACCAUCGAAAGGUUGCCAAGCCUGCCGUAACAGGAAGACACGAUGUGACCUUGCUACGCCAUCAUGUAGCCAAUGCAUCAGAGCCCACCGUGAUUGUCCAGGGUACCGCAAUGAAGUUGAUCUCAUGUUUCGAAAUGAGAGCGAAGCUGUAAUCGACAAAGCAAAAGCUCGGGAAAAGUCCAAGGCGAAAUCCAAGUCACGUUCUGAAAGCCCUGUUAUUGCCGGACCAUCGAGAUCAAAAAACAAACCGUCUAGUCCCAGCACUGAACUUAUGGAGCUAGCCCGGACUCAGGAGAAGGAUGAAGGCUUCUUUGUCGAGACUUUAGCUCCCAAGUUCUCUAUGUUCCCAACCACCGAAGAGCGGGCUCUUAACUUCUUCGGCACUAACUCGGCGACUUGGUUUCGGAACUUCGACGUGACGGAUGAAUUAUGUACCCAGACCAGCGCCGAUGGGCAUCUGCUAGCCAGUAUGAGUGCCGUUGGUCUUGCGAGCUUCUCACAUUCUGUACACGCACCAGAACUCAUGGUUCGGGCUCGGAGGGAGUACGUCUCAGCUUUACAACUCACGAAUGCCGCUCUCAGGUCUCCCACAGAAGCCAAGAAAGACAGCACACUAUUUUCCGUUAUGAUCUUGAGCAUUUUCGAAACGGUGACCGGCAACAGCGAGAGAUCCUUGGCUGCUUGGGCCGAGCAUGUGAAUGGAUCUGCAGCGUUGGUAAAGCUUCGCGGGAAAGACCAAUUCAAAACACCAGCGGGAUUGAAGAUGUUUCUUCAAGUGACAUCAAAUCUCAUACUUAGCUGCAUACAAAGGACAACUGCAAUGCCGGAGCACAUUGUCGAGCUACGAAAAGAAGCAGAAAAGUACAUAGGCGACAACCCGUCUUGGUUACUGUCGGGGAUCAUCAUCGAUUUCACAAUCUUCCGUGCCGCUGUCCUAGAUACUAAGAUCGUGGGCCCUCGAGCUGUAGUUUCAGCAGGAUUAGAAAUCGAUCGCCGCUUCCUUGAAGGUUCCGCAAAUCUCCCAAAAGACUGGUAUUACAAAGUUGUCUAUACAGACGAAACCCCAGAACUGAUAUGGAAUGGAAAUUACCAUGUCUAUAGCGAGAACUGGAUAGCCUCCUUCUGGAACGCUAUGAGAGUAUGUCGGAUCAUGCUCCACGAAACUAUUCGAGACCAGUUGCUUUCCGCAAGUACUGCGAUGACACCAAUAUUCACAGAAUACGAGAUUGCGGCUCAGAACGACAGCUCGCUGGAGGCCAUGGUGCAGAUGCGAUCCGAUAUCCUAGCCAGCGUUCCUCACCACACUCCUCUGGCUUUCAGUUCCAAGCCAGUCUCGUUGCUAGAAGGCUCCCGAGCAUACUUUGUCUUGUGGCCACUUUAUCUUUGUGGAGGCAUGGAUGUGACGACUGAACCGAUCAGACAAUGGGUCAUCUCGAGGCUACGAGAUAUUGGGGAGUCCGUUGGCAUCAGGCAGGCGUUUGUCGUUGCUGAGCAUUUAAGCCAGCGAAAGGAUAUCGAAACAUGGCGCACGAAGCCAGAUCCAAGGCUUCCGAGAGUUGGAGUCAUGGCACAUGAGAUUGCUUCUAGUAAAGAGGGAAGGUUCGAUGAGGAGGAUGACGAAGAUUGA